CUUAGAUUUGCGCGGCGCGUUCGGUUCUGAACCUUACCGGUUCACGCCCUCAACCUCGUCGAUCAUAUGGAAUAUUCGUAUCCGCCAGCCUCUGCAUUUGCCCGACGUCAGAUUUGAUCGAUCAUUUACCAAUUGCCAUCGCCACUCCCGACAACCACCACGAACUUCGCGACCGCUCCCGAUCGACGUCACUGGGGUUGACGCGCCGUCAGCGCAUACAGCAUAGGCAUGCACCGCGCGCCCUUACGAACUGUGCAGGGACCUUGAAGCAGCUGGGAAGCAACGGAGAAUCGUACAGACGCCUCGAACUAGGCCAAUUGGCGCCGUCGCGAUGGAUGACGAGGAUCGCUACUCCGCGAGCUCUGCGGAUUCGGACCGCGACAACGACAAUGACAACGAUAACGAGCCUGAGCAAGACAAUGAUGCAGACGAAGUGAUGGAGGAUGCCGAUGAUGGCAACGACGACGUCGACGAUGACAACAACGACGAUGAUGACGAUGACGACGCUGAUGGAGACGGCGAUGGCGAUGGUGACGGAGACGGCGAUGGCGAUGGCGAUGGCGAUGGCGACGGCGACGGAGACGAUGACAACAAUGACGACAACAUCGAGGGGGAUAACAAUGAAGCCGGCGAUCAGACCACUGGAGACAAAGCGUCGACCAGCGGUACGGCAAACGAGCAGUCACAGCAGGAUUCCGAGGCGAAUGGUGACACGGGUGGUCGACAGGCAGAUCAAGAGGGUGCCGACACGACUGCGACGACGCCUAAACCGCUGGGUCCGAAACGACGGACCAUCGCACCGGAUCUCCUGACGGCGAGGACGUAUGAUAUUAUCCCUACAAUGGCCGCUCCGCAAGCAACGAGCAUCAACGCCAUGGCCAUCACCCCGGACUUGCGAUAUUGGUUUACAGGAGGGUCAGACGGGUAUAUCAGGAAAUACGACGGUCCCGGGACGAUCAAUGGCAAAUUACCAUUGACAGUAGCACAACGCCACCCCUUUGUUGAUAGCGUGACCAAGGCAGGCAUUCUCAUGUCGUACUGGGAGAAUGAAGAGAUCAAGAGCAACGACGCCGACCAGAUGCUUUCGCCGGUGUACUCGCUAGCUGUCCAGUCGCAGGCACUGUGGCUCCUGUCUGGCACCGAGCUGGGAGGUAUCAAUCUGCAAUCUGUGCGGCACGACGAGGGUAAAAAGAUCCACUGCCUCAAGCAGCACUCGUCCGCUGUCAGCGUCUUGACACUCGCGCCGGACGAGACCAGUGUUCUCAGUGGAAGCUGGGACAAGACGAUUUUGGACUGGGACUUGAACACGGGGGAUGUUAUCCGCAAAUUUGACGGCAUGGGUGGACAGAUCUCGGCAGUAGAGUUACGGCCUGAGGGGGGAGACGUGAUACCUGUGGUGGAGGAUGAGCUACCUGUGCCGACGGGCACGAUUUCCACGAACAAUGGGGCCCCGCCUGUCAAUGGCAGCUUCAGCGACAAUCUCUUCGAUGGGCCUAGUGGGCCAGGCCAGGACUCGCUGUUCGGCAAUGAGGGCCAGAACAGUCCAGCACACGAGAGCUUGUUCGGAGGCGGUAGUGACGAUGCGGGCAGUCUCUUUGGAGAAACCAAUGGCGACCAGCCGUUUGGCAACGACGAGGAUGACUACAACAAUGAAAUGGGUAUGAACAUGAUGAACGCUGGUCAAGGCAACGACGACGGCAUGGAUCACUCGGCAGACAUGGCCAUGGCCGGCAUGGAUGGUCCCAAGGAUGAUGGAGCAGAUGGUCAGCAGAAAGCUGCCGACGGCAUGGAUGUGGACGCAAAACCUCCGCCGCAAAACGAGUCGACGGAGCCUCAAGCCGCAGAAGCGAGCCAGAACACACAGCCGGGCGAUAUGUCGCAGGAGCAGCUCAAGCUUGCGGGUGAGCUCAAGCAAGAGGAGGACAGUGGGCAGGUCGCCGACGCGCCAACGUCCCCGAAAUACGUACAUCAGGAUCAUCCCUCCACAGGCGAUGAUCCGUCACUCAUGUCACGCGAUAUCUUUCUCUCGGCAGCCAUUGACGGCUCGAUACGCAUCUGGGACCGGCGAGUGCCCAACCCUGUUGCAAAGAUUGGCACGCGCGUCGGCGUGCCGCCCUGGUGUAUGAGUGCGUGCUGGAGUCCUAGCGGGAACAUGAUCUACGCCGGGCGAAGGAAUGGAACAGUCGAGGAGUUCGACGUGCGCAAGGCAAGGAGAGGGUGGGAACCGGAGCGAACACUCAAGUUCCCGGCUGGCAGUGGCGCUGUGAGCGCUGUGAAGCCCAUGAUGAACGGACGGCAUCUAGUGUGCGCAUCGCAUGAUAUUCUGCGGCUCUAUGAUCUUCGUGAGCAGUCAAAGGGAUCCAAGCAUGCCGCUGUGCCGUUCUUGAUUAUCCCGGGACCUCCUCGCGCUGGCGUCAUCUCGAGUCUAUAUGUCGACCCGACGAGCAGGUUCAUGCUCAGUGCAGCGGGCACACGCGGCUGGGAGGGAACAUGCACCGAGGCAUUGGUCGGGUAUGAAAUCAACGUACCCAAGUAGGCGCGUGCAAAUUAAUCACACGGAUGGCGUUUGUGGGCUUGGAGGCAUUCGUAUCCGGAGUAGAGGCUUGGAUAUAAAUACCCGUUGGACUGUCUUUUAUUUGCUUAUAGAGUGUAAGGGUGCCUCAAAAGAAGAUUGUUUUUAACAAAACACAAAGACAAAGACGACGUGACAAAGCAAUUGUUCCAAUUCAC